CGAACGUCUCUUCGUGGUAGAAGACUUCGUGCCCUUGCAUCACCCAUUGCUCAACGCUCGUCUUCAAUUUGGACGUCAGUCGAUGCGGCCCACAAGCAAUCACUGCCACCCGACUGCCUUUGCUGAACACCUCCCCCACAAUCCCAUCUAUCUUGGGCCGCCCCGUCUUCAACACCAUACCUUGCCGGGGCUUCUUCAUCUCUUCUUCCAUUGAGAGAAGUUGGUCUGCUUCUUCCAGUUCAAUAUCCGCCUCAUUAUCCCCAACGUGCAGUGUUGCCCCGGACCCACGUGUCACAAACACUUCCACUGCAGGAGAAUUCGGCGCCGGGGUGUCACCGUUGCUGUCAACGGCGGGGCUCUCAAACGCCCACUGCGUGUCAGCGAGCUUCUGUACUGCCCAGAUGAACCGCACCUCGGGGUGUCCCGCGUGCUCCGCGCUGUCAAAAUCAACGAUGCUGCGAUAAAUCGGCAUGAUGAAGGUCGCACCCACGCCGCCCGCAACGAGCAAGAUCUUGUCAAACAUGGAAAAGUCUGGGAAAUGCGUCGAUGCUCCGUAGGGCCCUUCGAGAGCUAGAGGAAUGCUGGGGAUCUGGCCAUCGCUCGACAAAGAUCGCGCCAGUUCUGCGAGUCGCUUUGUGUUGCCACUCAACGUUUUUGCGACUAGCACCAAUUCCUUGUCUUUGAUGGGUAUAGAGGCCACAGUGAACGGGUUUGUCCAAUUUCGCAUUGCGAACUGUUCCUUGGCGGAGAGUGAGUAUGCGCUUCCAGUGGGGAGGCUGAGGUAAACGUGCUGCCCAGGCUGCCAGUUCAAAGCAGAGUUCAUCGAGGUCAACGGUAUUCGCACCUGCACCAGGUCUGUCCCGGGAAGAAGUUGAAUGGUUCCAGAUCGGACAUGCGACACAUGCAGGUAAAGAGGCACCACGAGAAGAUUCGCAAUGACGACGUGAGACACAUAGAAGACUCUGUAGUUCCACCGUCGGAGUUGGCUCAGAGCUGUGGUGCUGAUUGCUGUGAACAAAGUCAAAGUGAUGAGACCAAAGAUGACAUCCUUGUCCUUGAUACGCUUUGCGAGGAAGCCGGCCUGGAUGAAGAAAUUCAUAUAGAAUGCGGCGUGCAGAGCAAACAGCAAGAAAAUUAUCCGACCCAGGACUUGAUGUGAGGCUUUGAGCUGCUCGUGGGACAGCCGUGUGACCCACUGGACCGGCGAGUAUGGCGCUCUCAUGGCAAGCAAAUAGUGCAACGGUAGCUGGGAUGCACCAAUGAUGCCAAAUCGUUUGGUCAAGUGAAGAUAAUCUGUCACAGUAUCAGCCAGCUUGAAUACAGCUAGUAAAUAAAAAUCCAGACACACCAUUUCCAGUAUUGACAACGCAGAGGUUCAAUAACCACACGGUCCAAAUAGUCCCUCCUAACCACUCUGCCCGUGUCCCCCAAUUU